ACAUAAGCAUCUCCAUUCUGAAACAAUCUGAGAGACCAAAAUGGGAGAGGAAAAUAAGGUCAUUCUACAUGGAAUGUGGGCUAGCCCUUAUGUGAAGAGAGUAGAAUUGGCUCUCAAAGUCAAAGGCAUACCUUUUGAGUAUAUAGAAGAAGAUUUGAGCAACAAAAGUAUAUUGCUCCUCAAAUACAAUCCCAUUCAUAAGAAAGUACCAGUACUUGUCCAUAAUGGAAAGCCAGUAUCGGAGUCAUUUGUCAUUAUUGAAUACAUUGAUGAAACAUGGAAGAAUGAACCUCGACUCUUGCCUGAAGAUCCUUAUGAAAGAUCCAGAGUCCGGUUCUGGGCUUCUUACAUCCAACAGGUGACUGAAUGCAUGCUCAAGGUCUUCAAAGGGGAAGAAAAAGCAUUAGAGGAAUUUUAUGAGAAACUGAACGUGCUGGAAGAUGGAAUCAAGAAUUCCUCCCUGGGUAUCAACACUAAUAUAGAAGGAAGGAAUAUGGGGUUGCUAGAUAUCAUGAUCAUUAUAACACUAGGGGCAUACAAAGUACAAGAGCAAGUGUUUGGUGUGAAGAUAUUGGAUCCAGACAAAACACCUUUGUUAUGCUCAGGGUUGAGUAGUUUAAUUGAGCUGCCUAUAGUUAAAGAAAUCACUCCACCUCAUGACAAGGUUGUUUCAUUUCUUCAUUUUCUCAAAGAAAUGGUCUUCAAAUCUCCGGCCAAUUGAGCUUUUUUAAUGUUGAUCUCUGUAUGUUGUGUGUACUCACUCACUCAUUAAUUGUACUGAAUGUCUUUCCUCUGUAUUGUAUAAUAAGGCUUAUGCCCAUUUGGAUUCCAAAGGCUACUUAAUUACAUUUUCAGUGUGUUUAUACAACAAAAAAUCAUCAUCCAGAAAAUGUUCUUCAUGA